AGAUUUUGGAACCGUCCGGCGCUGUUCCUUUUUUGUUUUUUGCUGCUCCGAGUUGUGCCAGCCCUAGCCGGGCCGAAGUACGCUGCUUCUUCCUUUUUACCAAUCCCUCGCCCCUUCGUUAAUCCUCUUCUCUCUCCCGAAGCGCGAAUAGAGAUGAAGCUCUCCUUCUCCCUCUCCUCCAAACCCUCCUCCACCUCCCGCCCCAAUCCCCCCAAGGAGGUACGCAAUGGCGGCGGCAAGGCGGAGGACGUCGAGCCUAAGCCCCAAUUCGUCACCGUAUUCGACCCCGCCCAAACCCUAGACACCCCUGCCAAGCUCGUCAUCCCCCCCAUACCCAACGCUGACCUCCACCCGACCAAGAAGAUGAAGAACCUCCCCCUCCCCACCGCCGACGAUGACCCCUCCGCUGCCGUCGCCUCCGAAACGCGCUUUGUCCUUGACACCUCCACCGGCGACGCCCCCGCCUCCAACAUCUCCUACGGCCUCACACUCCGCUCCAACGGCGCCGCCGCCUCCGCCGAUUCUAGAUCCCAGGAGGAGGACGGAGACCGCUGCCGCGCCACCUUGGUGGAGGACUCGAUGCUGAGGAGAUUCAAGGAAGACAUGAAGAACCUCCCGGAAGAUCGCGGCUUUGACGAAUUUAACGACAUCCCGGUCGAGGGCUUUGGUGCUGCGCUUCUUGCUGGGUAUGGGUGGUCGGAGGGCAAGGGGAUCGGCCGGAAUAACAAGGGGGAUACCAAGGUCGUCCUAUAUGAGCGGAGGGCUGGGACCGAAGGGUUGGGAUAUGUCCCUUCCUCGAGUGAUCCCAAGAAGAGGAAGGGCCAAUGGAUUGCCCAGGAACGGAAGGAGAAGGAGAAGGAAAAGGAGAAACAGGAGAAGGAUAAGGAGAAAGAUAAGUUUGUUAGGGUUAUAUCAGGACGGCAUACUGGGAUGAAAGGCAAGGUUUUGAAGGGUUCAGUGGCCUCCAAGGUCCUUUUGAAGCUGCUUGAGACUGGAGAGGAGGUCAAGCUUGAAGGUGGUAUGGUCGUUGAGUUGGGCUCCGAGAAGGAAGAGAAAUUCUUGGGGAGAUUGAAUGAAUUAAGGAUUGUGGAUAAGGAUGACAAGAGGGAGGAUAGGAGGAAAGGGGACAAGAGGAGGGAAGAGAAGAGUAGGGAUGAGGAAGUGAAGAAAGGUAAGGACUUGCACCAGAGGUCGAGCAGUGGCUGUGGGGAAAGGAGGAGAACGGUUCGAUGGCUCAAGAAUCACAUUAGAGUUAGGAUAAUCAGUGAGAAUUUCAUGGGAGGUAAGCUGUUUCUGCAGAAGGGGGAGGUCGUGGAUGUGGUUGGCCCCACCACAUGUGAUAUUGCAAUGGAUGGCAGCAGAGAGCUGUUGCAGGGAGUGGACCAGGAGAUCCUUGAGACUGCACUGCCCAGAAGAGGGGGACCGGUCCUUGUGCUCUCUGGGAAGCACGAGGGUGUCUUUGGAAGCCUGGUGGAGAGGAACAAGGAAGAUGAGACAGCUGUGGUCAGGGAUGCAGACACUCAUGCUUUGAUAACUGUGAGGCUGGAGCAGAUCGCGGAGUACACUGGGGAUCCAAGCUAUAUUGGACAUUAAUUCUUGUAAUGCUGACAACAUAGUAGCAACUGUUUUGGGCGGAGAUCCUGAGCGGUGAGCUCUGGCAAAUUAUCCAGCAAUGUGGUGCAUAGUUCUGGCAUCUCUUUCAGAUAAUCAGGAUAUAUAUCGAGAUCAAAUAUGCAUAUCGGGCACAUUUGAUAUGGUGCCUUAGUGGCAUUUUUCUUUGCUCUCCAUCAUCCCAAGCAGAAAUCAUCACUAUUUUCUAAUUAUUGAUGUUCAGCGUGGGAGGAGAGAUGAUGAUGUAUUAAGAAAUAAAAUUCCGUUAUCAAUAUCACCAUGUCUCUGUUUUUCAAGAUUGAAUUACUAAAACUGGAGACAGAAAGAGGUGCUUUUUGGUGUCAGCAUGAAUGUUUUAUAUUGAUUGGUAAUGGUAUUUUGAUUUUCAGUAGG